CUGCCCGCGGCCCGCCGCCUCGCCCACGGCAUGGAGCGCUGCCCGCCCGCGCCGCCCGGCCCUCGCUGAGUGCUGGGAUCCGUGCGUGUUCUCCACCGCCCAGGCCUUGGCGUCGCGGUCGGCGAGAAAUGGAAGAAAAGGAGCGCCGGUGGCUCUCGGGCCUCCCUUAUUGACCCCUGCUUGGCCUCUACAGAGAAGACAAUACGGCGAGACAAGAGAGACGGACAGAAUCGUGGUCUGGGAAGGGGCGUGGGAGGCACGGGUGGGGGACGGGAAAGCCAGGUCUGACAUUUCUGUGUGUGUGUGAUUUAAACAGAAAUCUGCGCUUUGCCAGCGGUGGCCAAGUCAGCUAAACCAAAAGUUACUUUUCUAUCGAGAAGAGAGAAGAGGUUGAUUUUUUUUUUUUUUUUGUCAUUCCCAUUUGGAACACAGCCUCUUCUACUGACAUAGUAUCUAGCAUGGACACCUGUGUAUAAGGUGGACCUCAGGAAUUCUGGACUUACUGGAGCCGGUGGGAAGCCUUUAGGGGGGAUUGUGAGCUCUCCUCCAGACCCUAAGACACACACACGCAAAACCAUGAGCUGCGUGCCAUGGACAGGAGACAAGGGCAAGUGCGUGUCGCUGGAGCUGCCCCCGGCGGCGCCUGCCCACAUCUACCACGAGAAGCAGCGGCGGGAGCUCUGUGCCUUGCACGCGCUCAACAACGUCUUCCAGGACGGCAGCGCCUUCACCCGGGACGCCCUGCAGGAGAUUUUCCAGAGGUUGUCUCCGAACACCAUGGUGACACCCCACAAGAAGAGCAUGCUGGGCAAUGGGAACUAUGACGUGAACGUCAUCAUGGCAGCACUUCAGACCAAAGGCUAUGAGGCCGUGUGGUGGGACAAGCGCAGGGAUGUCGGCGUCAUCGCCCUCACCAAUGUCAUGGGCUUCAUCAUGAAUCUGCCCUCCAGCCUGUGCUGGGGUCCACUGAAACUGCCCCUCAAAAGGCAGCACUGGAUCUGUGUGCGGGAGGUGGGCGGGGCCUACUACAACCUCGACUCAAAACUCAAGGCACCCGAGUGGAUCGGAGGCGAGAGCGAGCUCAGGAAGUUUCUGAGGCAUCACCUGCGAGGGAAGAACUGUGAACUUUUGCUGGUGGUCCCAGAAGAGGUGGAGGCCCGUCAGAGCUGGAGGGCUGAUGCGUAACAUCCCACUGCGCCUUGCGCUCGCCUCUACCCUGCAGCCCUCUGUGGUGUGCUGCGGCCUGCGCUCACCACGGGGCCGCCCUUGCCACUUUCCAAACAUCUCACCAGGGUGUCUUCCCUCAGAUUUGGCAGUGCAAUAAGAGCAGCAUGUGGAGGUUCCCAGAAACGCCUGGCGUUGUCCGCCCCUGGAAAGGCAGGUGGACCCAAGCAUGCUGAUGGACGGACGGGACGAAGGCCCUGUUGUUGACGUCGCCUCUUCCCUCCCUUUGCCGCAGCACCAGCGGCUCUGAGAUGCAGGAAUGCACAGCCGUGGAACUGGCUCCAAGGAGCCGGAGCGUUAGGGUCUCUCAGGAAACCAUCUCCAAACCCCACCGGUGGCCCACCUGCCACCACCCACCCUUACCACCGCCCUGUGCCCCCACCCUAAGGGGAGUUGGAGCUUUAUAAGAAGUUCACCAAGAUUCCAAGCCAGCGGGUAAGCUGUGCAGUGUUACAGGUGAGAACCUGAGAGGAUGUGGCAGGAGCCAGCUGGGAGAGGCGGGAUCUGGCUGCACUCCUGUUUGGUCCCUGCCCUUUCACCACACUGAGUUAAGAGGCUCUGGGACAAAAGCAGCUUUCCCAGUCAGCCCACUCCAGCAUGAGGUCCCACUGGUUUGGGAGUUGAGUGGAAAGCAGAGCCUUUGAGGCUGAGCUGCUGUCAUGAGAGGCCUUGGCUUCGGGAUGGGUGGUCACGGGUGU